UUGCUCUCUUUCCUUCCUGUUUCCUACUUGCAUGGUCCACCACACCCAUCCCUGUAAUAAAGUUACAUGUGGGUUUCUUUGUACCUUGUGGUUUCUUUCAUAUUCCGCAGAAAGAACAUCACUGGUGCCGCAACUCGACCCAGAGCCAAAAGCCGGAGCUCAGGCUUCAGGCGCCGCCUGGGCCUCCGAUUUCCUCCCGGGACACGAACAGAACUGAGGACCUCCUCUACAGUGACCCACGUGUUCCAUCUGCCUGGGCGAGCUCCUACAAACAACACCGGCUUCUAAUCCUCCUCAAGACCUAGAGAGAUGCAGUUUCAAUCGGACAUCACAGGACACCAGCGGACAGGACAUGAUCACCAGGAUGCAUUGGACAUCAUAGGACACCAGCGGACAGGACACGAUCACCAGGAUGCAUCGGACACCCCGAACCCCUCGACCCCCAUAAAGUCAGCAGGAAGCAGUUAUGAGAGACUGGGUUGUGCCCCCAUUCCCUACCCAUUAAGACCCUCAACCCCCCAAAUUUUUAGCAAAUCAAAAAGCAUGGAAUGUUAUUCUCCUGGGGAACUACAUUUCCCAGGAGGCCCCUGUGCACAGGUGCAGAGUGCAGCAUCGUCUGCCUGACUCAGAAGACUUCAUUUCCCAGAAACACAUGCACCCACAAUGCAACGCAAAAGCCUCCCCGUGCAGAUGCAAAACACAGCGUCUGAUGCGCAUAGGCUGGGGUGGCCUUAAAAGGCAAAGUGCGGUACUUUCGCUCUCUUUCCUUCCUGUUUCCUGCUUGCACGGUCCACCAUGCCCUUCCCUGUAAUAAAGUUACAUGUGGGUUCCUUUGUACCUCGUGGUUUCUUUCAUAUUCCACAGAAAGAACAUCAGCUAGGCCACCCGAGAGCACCAAAUUUAAUGUAACAACGGGCAUAUUAAUUCAGUUUGAUCUGACCUAAUUGGAUUUCUUUGCACCAGAGGAACCACCUGUCUUAGGAUUUUUUUCCUAACAGAAUGGUGCAUCCCACCAAAGAGCCUUAGUUUGUCCUGUGGAAAAAUGGGAAAACGGGCCUUCCUCUGCACAUGCUCCACCAGGCAAGUUUGGCUUCACCUUGGACAACCCCAAAAGCACCAGUAUCCGUUCCUGAGACUUCAACAUUGGUGCCAACUCUCCUAGAUCAAGAACACCUACCAACUCUUCUGGAUCAAGGACACCUGCCAAGUAAAAUCUGGUUUCAUCUGCUAUUGUGUCUCAUUCCAUGACUAGCUCCACUUCAUAGGGCCAAUGAUAAGAAUUUUUUUCCUCCUAGACACCUGCCUUUUUACCUCCCUCAAGAAACAGAUGCCUGGCAUCUCCAGGAUGACAGUGAACAGGAUGCCUCUCUCGCCACACCUCCCACUGAAUGUGGAACCACCAACACCCAGCUCUCCCCUCCCCAACAUCACCCCAUGCCCGUAGGAAGUAGCCAGACUUGAGUCUAAACCCUUUUUCCAAAGAGAGUCUAAAAUGUUCGUCAUAAUUAUCACCUCAACUUCCUGUCACCCCUAUAUCCAAAGAGUCUGGAAUGUUAAGUUGGGAGCAUCACCCCAGCCCCUGGCAUCCAUACCAGCCUCCUGGCCUGGGAGUUGCCUUGGUCUGGACUCCAAAUCCCAACAUGCCAGGUCCUGACCCCUCGCAGGGAGAGGGUCAGGACCACUCCCACAGGGUAUUUAAGUGGGUGCCCAGCGGAGGAACACAUGGUACAGGGUUUUGCAUGUGCUCCCCGGUUUUCUGUCUUUCCUGCCACGCUCUUAGCCACCCGAGAGCGCUGUAUUUAAUAAAACAGGGGAAUUUUAAUUUGGUGUAAUCUCUUUUAUUGGGUUUUUGUGCACUGGCAGAGCGGCUUGUCUUAGUAUUUUUCCUAACAAGCAGCACCCCUCCAUGGCCUCUGCAUCAGCUCCUGCCUCCAGGUUCCUGCCCUGACUUCCCUUCAUGAAGGACUGUUUGUUACGGUCAAUUGUCACUUUAAGAGACAAGCCACGCCCACUCCCAGAGACCCCCCCUGCCCUCCUCGCCAUCUUGAUUCUCACUGUUCCUUUUGGUGCGUGCUUGCCUGCCUACUGCUGCUGGGGAUCUUGCAGCAUUUUUAACACUGUUAUUGAUACUUGUGUAAUAAACCCUUUCCUUUCCAACUUACUUUUUGGUCAUGGCUUCUGUUAGACUGUAGGUUUUGGGACAAAAAGAUCUCUGCCCCCCUUCCAGCUGGAAGUGGAUCCUGGCAGAGAACCUGAGAACCAACCAAAAGAUUCCCACCAGAAGCCCGAGCUCUCAAAAGUUCCAGCAAAACACUGGACAAAGCAGACACUUAGAUCCAGAUUCCAAAGUGACCACUGGACUCAAGACACACCUACGGGACCCCAAACCCAGCCAACACUCCAAUAUCUUACCAAUCGCGUCACUUCCUCCCACCCAGCUCCCACAAAGUUUCUAACCCUGUCCAGCCACAUGACUUCUUGGACCUCCAACUACGGACCUGACUCACCCAGGAGCAAUUAAUCCCUAAAUAAACCUACUCUACUCGGCAGCAGAGGAGACGUGAUAGAGGAAAGAUGGAAGACUUCCAGGCUUCCGAAGAGACUGCAUUUGUUGUCGAUGAAGUGAACAACAUUGUAAAGGAGGCUAUAGAAAGUGCCAUCGGUGGCAAUGCCUACCAGCACAGCAAAGUCAAUCAGUGGACCACUCUGAGCCAGCUCACCAAGCUGGGGAAGCCAUUUAAAUACAUCGUGACCUGUGUAAUCGUGCAGAAGAAUGGCUCUGGGUUACACACGGCAAGUUCCUGCUUCUGGGACAGCUCUACUGACGGGAGCUGCACAGUCCGAUGGGAGAACAAGACCGUGUACUGUACUGUCAGUGCCUUCGGGCUGUCCAUCUGACCUCCUCGCCAGCCUGCCGCCCCCGUGGCUCAACAUUUCUCUUUCAUGUUAACCACCAGCUAGGGAUCAGGUGAACGUCUUCCUCCUCUUUGUGUUUUGUGGCACUCGAAACGUAG